AUGUCAACCCCCCAAGGACCAGGAUCAGGAUCUACCUCCCAUUCUGGCAUAGGCCCACGCUACUAUGUCGGACCCUUCGGUCGUAUGUUACCCACCACAGACCGCCCAUCGGAGCAGCAAUCGGAGCAUCCAGCUAAUUUACAAGAAUCCGGGGACCUCCCAUACCAGCUUCCACCCCCGGCUAGUUUACAAUUUGGAUCUGAUCCCUUUUCACGGCAAGCCAGUCCCCAGGGAAAGGACAGUGGAUCACACCAAAAACCAGACCAUCUCCCCUCCGUGAGUCAAAUACUCACCCCGACACCGGGCAACAAUUCACCACAAUACUCUCGACCAUUUUCAAAUUCAACACCCAACAUAGGGCGGCGUGAAUCUACAUACCCGCCUCACCAUCACGAUCCGACUUUCCAGGUUUCGCCAACCUCUGUAAAUGAUAGAGGCCGUGCCGAAUCUCUCCCGCAACAGCAUACUGGCCUGCCUUCAUUGUCACAAGUGGCUUUACAUGGACAUCGAGGUAUAAGAAACCACACACCGACAAGAAGUGAUCCAUCCGCUGCAUCCUAUCCGCACGGCUUUCACACCACAUCUUCACAUGAUCAAGUACCCAGUGGGGAACUAUCAUCACCAGAAAGUUCAAGUCGGUUACACAACAAACCCCUCCGGCCUCAUGUGGUAGACGAACGAGUCAUUGACGGGGAACUCUGCUUCGUAUACGCAGACGGAUCGUUCUGUCCCAAAUUCAUCGAUGGUACCCCUGUCAACGCAAAUUGGGGCAUAACAAAGGCUGGUAGGCCGAGGAAGCGCCUUGGACUUGCCUGUCUGACCUGUCGCGAGAAAAAAAUCAAGUGUAACCCUAACCCAACUGCCGAGGCCGUAUGUGAUCAAUGCCGGAAAUCUGGACGUGAAUGCAGGUUCGAAAGUGCCCCGCGGGGAAACCGUCCUCUCAUGAGAGGGUCAACAGGGCCAUCUGGCAAUCCUUACGCCCGCGCAAGCCACGGUGCUUUGGACGUUUCUCCGUCCAUUUACGACAGCCUUCGAGCCUCGGACAGUGCGACCUCCCUUCCUGGGACUACCGGCCACUCACCGAUGUCAGAAGCCUCGAUGCUCACGCCAUCAGGCACAGAAGCCACGUAUGAAACUAUGGCCGACGCGGACAGGGCUUUAAGAUCCCGAUCCUACCGAUUCCCAUCGUCUUUAUCCAGCGCAGAUGACACCCUCGGACGAUCCUCGGCACAUAUCGAGUCUACUCGUACGCCCGAGUACUCUGACAUUUUGGGGGAACUCAAGGACAACAACUCGGACGACCCGCUCGCGGCCUCAUGGCAUGUGGACCCCUACGAAAGCGAUCCAGAGGCGGCAAUUCACUAUACUGAGUGUUAUUUCUUACACGUGAAUGACGGCCUGUACCACAUGUUCCCGCAUGGACGAUUUGGCCUGUGGUUGAAGACCGACCCCGCCAAGUCUGCAGACGACAAGAUGCUUCUUUAUUCUAUGAUGGCUCUUGGAUCUGUGUUCUCAGACAGGUUAGACAAAAUGGCAGCCAUGAAGCGAUAUUCUCGUAUAGCCCGCUUUGCCAUUAACAGAAGCCAGCAUACCCUCUCUUUGCAACUUGCUCAGAGCCAUAUGAUAAUGAGUCUUUGGUACUACGCUACAGGGUCGCUGGUCGGGUCUUGGGAUUCAAUAGGCGCAGCCGGAAGAGCGGUAUUUGGCCUUCGUUACAACGUGGAAUCUGGCGGUGUUGUGGUGGAUCAAAGCCAGAAGUGUGACUACGGGUUACACCCACAGGCUUUGAUUGAGUGCCGACGGCGAACCUUUUGGAUUGCCUUUGUGCUUGAUCGCUUCUCGAGCCUCUAUUCCGCUUCCUCGACUUUCAUCUCGUCAGAUGCAGCCUUGCUGAGGCUCCCAUGUCGAGAAGAAAUCUACGAGACUCAGCAGUAUGCGACAGUCCCCUAUUUCCAAUCAUUCCUCAACCACAUCCCAGCCUCUACAGGCGAUGAUCGCUCCACACUAAGCCCAAUGGCCUUUUUAAUCGAGAUCAUGGCCAUUUGGGGAGACAUCUCCCUGCAUAUAACCCGAUUACCACACAUUCCCCCCGAAGCAUACAACCGACUCGCCGAAGAAUUCCACACAACCAUCAUCCAAAAAUCAAAUCAAUGGAUGACCCGACUCCCCGAUUACCUGGCAUUCUCAUCCAUAAAUCUAGAACGAAGCAUCCGGCAAAGAAAAGCAGACACCUUCGUCUCAACCCAUUUGUUCUACCACGCCAGUUUGAUGAAACUGUACAGACACGCCCGAUACCAGAGCCUCCGACCAGAAAUACUAGGCCAGUACAUCCACCGCGCUCGAUACCACGCCGUUGAAAUCCUCCGCAUCUCUCUUACCUUCGACCAAUACGCAAAAGAAAUCACCCCUUCCCGACACAACACUGAGACUCCCACAUCCCUAACCCUCCUGAACCCAUUCCUCGGCUACGUCGUUCUAUCAGCCGUGGACGUCCUCAGCUCCGCUGGUCUGGCGUCGCAGUUGCACGAGUGCGUCUCUUAUAUCAGAGGUGCACUAGAUACCGUUCACGAACUCGGUCGCUAUUGGGAUGGCUCUUUGCAAUUAGCCACGGUUCUCCACAGACGUCUGGGUCUGAUGAUUUACUGUCUCAAUGAGCGCAGCGUUUUCGCCGAUAAACUGGGCUUUGCGCUAGAUGGACCCCCGCUUGAGAUGAAGGUCCAUGCUGGCGCUUUGCAUUCUCAUCCGCCUGCGACAAUGGGUGAGGAUCUUUUUACGGGAUCUAUGCCCAGAGAGGUACUUUUGAAUGCUCUGCGGCUUGAUGAGACGCUCAUCUCCGAGAGUGGUAUUGCUUGGAUUAGAGAUCCAUGA